UGGCGAUGGAUUAGUCACGACUGGAGAGGGUUUUUUUCUGUCAUUCGCUUCUUCUCGCGAGACCUUAAAAGUUCCCAUAUCGCCCCGCGAACUCUUCCUCCUCCCUCUUUCCGCCAUACUGCAGACCCGGCACCAUGGUGCGCAUGAACGUUCUUGCAGAUGCCCUUAAAAGCAUCAACAAUGCAGAGAAGCGUGGCAAGCGGCAGGUUCUCAUCAGACCGUGCUCAAAAGUGAUUGUGCGCUUUCUUACGGUGAUGAUGAAGCAUGGUUACAUUGGUGAGUUUGAAAUUAUUGAUGAUCAUAGAGCCGGAAAAAUAGUCGUCAACCUCACAGGCAGACUCAACAAGUGUGGCGUCAUCAGCCCCAGAUUCGAUGUUCAGAUGAAAGAUCUGGAGAAGUGGCAGAACAACCUGCUCCCUUCACGUCAGUUUGGAUACAUUGUGCUAACCACUUCAGCUGGCAUCAUGGACCAUGAAGAAGCGAGGCGAAAACACACAGGAGGCAAAAUCCUGGGAUUCUUUUUCUAAAUCUGUACAACAGGCAGGACAAUAAACUGGUAUCAAAAAACUUGUCUGUGUUCUUGUACUGCAUUGACUGCCCCUUACCAUGAAUAUUUAAGUUUGGGUCCUAUAAGCCGCUUGCCCUGUGUACAUUUUGAUCGUAUGGCAGGAGUUUGCAAUAUUCCUUGCUUUGGACUGAGGAACAUGACAUAGAAACGCAUCAUUAGACGGCAGAGUUAGAAACACUAGGUCCUGAACAGUUCUUAAUACAUGACACAGCCCGGCAAGGCUGACCUGCAUUACAAAGUCGCCCUUUACCCUUAAUUGUACUUUAUAUUUGGUAAGGCUUUGCAGUCGGCAUAGCAUGAUAUUAAAAAUUGCCUUUUCCUUC